CACAGACGCCGGCCCUAAAAGAGGGAGUUCCUCCAUCAGCUGCUUCCAUUCACUCUCUCUCUCUCUCUCUCUCUCUCCCCUCUCUCACACACACACACAUACGCUCACAGUGGCUCUUAGAGCUUCUGCUGGUGUGCCCCUCCUGAUGGCACCUCUGUAGCCGGCUUCCCCAGCGCACCUUCGCCCGGCACUGACUGCGAGUUCCGCUACUGGAAGAGAAGAAAGCUGAUUGUUGUGGGGCGCGUGGCCGUUGCUACGGAUAUGUGUAAGAAGAAGAGGACUGUGCGCCUCGGCCUUUCGGAAUGACUCUGACUAAUGUGGACGCGCUCCCACUGCAAUCUGGUUGAUCAUGGUCUCCGGGAUUCGAGCUCUUACAGUACUACUGCUUGGUCAGGUGCUACUCGGAGGUUCCAUAGGACUCAUCCCCGAAUCGGCCUGGCAAAGUCCCCCACUCCCUAAGGAUAUUCUCAGUGAGUUUGAGCUUCGCCUGCUCAACAUGUUUGGCAUGAAGAGGAGACCAAACCCCAGCAAGUCUGCUGUGGUCCCGCAGUACAUGCUUGACCUCUAUCACAUGCACUCUGGGAAUGGAGAGCAGAGCCUCCACAGGACCAGAAGCUCUCUUGGAAAGGCUGCUGAGUGGUCUGCCAGCAGGGCAAACACAGUCCGCAGUUUUCAUCAUGAAGAAUCUUUGGAAACUCUUUCCAGCCUUAAAGAAAAGACAACCCAAACAUUCUUCUUCAAUCUCACUUCCAUUCCUGAUAUGGAGUUCAUCACAUCCGCAGAGCUGAGGAUUUUCCGGGAUCAGGUAACAGGUGCUUCCAACACUAGCGAUGGCUACCAUCGCAUCAAUGUUUAUGAAGUUGUAAAGCCUGCCCUUUCUUCCAAAGAGCCUAUCUCAAGACUGCUGGACACCAGGCUGGUACAGGACCACUUAAGCAAGUGGGAGAGCUUUGAUGUGAGCCCUGCUGUCAUUCGGUGGACCACUGAAGGCCAGACAAACCAUGGCUUUGUGGUGGAAGUGAUCCACCUGAACGAUACCAGGAGGGAUGCCAGGAGACAUGUAAGGAUCAGCAGGUCUUUGCAUGAGGACAAGGAUUCCUGGCCUCAGAUGAGACCGCUGCUGGUGACGUUCAGCCACGAUGGCAAAGGUCAUGUUCUCCACACCCGGGAGAAACGGCAAGCUAGGGCCAAGCAGAAGAAAAAGCACAAAGCAAACUGCAGGAGGCACUCGCUCUAUGUGGACUUCAGUGACGUGGGCUGGAAUGACUGGAUAGUUGCCCCACCAGGAUAUCAUGCUUUUUACUGCCAUGGGGAGUGUCCGUUUCCGUUGGCGGACCAUCUUAACUCAACAAAUCAUGCUAUUGUGCAGACACUGGUCAACUCGGUGAAUACAAACAUCCCGAGGGCCUGCUGUGUUCCCACAGACCUUAGUCCAAUUUCUCUAUUGUACCUGGAUGAAUACGAAAAAGUUAUUCUGAAGAACUACCCGGACAUGGUCGUGGAAGGCUGCGGCUGCCGCUGAAAAGCGAAAAGCGGGGACGCUUUGUUGAAGAAACUGUUGAGAAAGCAAAUAUUUAUAAGUAAAUACUUACAUUUACUCAUUUAAUUGCAUCUGUGGUGUACAUUUUUAGUGGAACGCUCCCACACUUGAAGUAUAAUGAUCAGAUAUGUAUUUAUUACCGUUAUACUUUCUAUAUAUAGUGACUAGCUCAUAUAUAUUUAUGUGUUAUUAUGAGUAGGGGGUUUUUUUAUGUCCAAGGAAAUGUGGGUGGUUCAACUGUGUGCAUUUGUUUAAAAUGGUAUACGUGUGAAAAGCAGUUAAAAAUUCCUAAUUAAUAUAUGGCCCUAACUUAGUCCUGCAGUAAGAACACAGCAUAGCUAAUGGUAACAUUUUUUAGAAGACUAAAGAGGAGUAUAACAAUGUUUUGCUUAUUUAAUUCCCCGUAAUGUCUUUGAAAUGGAAUGUUCAGAUUCUCCCGGUGAAAAUGUAAACAGGAAGAGGAAUGAUUUUGAGUCUUCACGGACAACGUUCAGGAUCGUUUCUACUACAAAGAAGACAAGAAAGGAGUGCUCAGAAAUAGUGUUAAUGUGAAAUGCUCUUUUGGAGAAGAAGCAAUGUGAGAAGUAGUCUUGACACUGAACGUCUAGGAUCAUUAGUGAUAAAAAUGACAACUUGUGUGUGUGUUUAUUUCAUGUACUCUGCCUGUUGCUUUUUUCCCUGACAGGUGUGGAUUAUAUCCAUCAAGAUUUUUCUUUUACGGUUUAUGCUUGCGUACAUUUUUUCAUUCGUUGUUGUUCCAGUCUUAACCUUUCUGGCUCAUCUACAUGACUCAUCUUUGCUUGGGGACUUCUGUCCUCACAUGCUGGCACUACUUCCAUAAUAAUUGACACUAGGUUGUUCAUUCUCAUCGAGCAAACUGUUUAAAUGUCCAUGUGCUAUCAUCAUGUGUAAUUGGGUUAAAACUCCCGUGACAGCAGAAGGAAGUUCAUACAAUGUCAGAUUUUUUAGAUGAUUAUUGUAGAUCAUUUCUGUGCCUCAGAUUAUAUAAAUUCAAUUCAGAUUAAUAGUUUUAAUGGGGAAAAAACUGUCUCUGUUUUGCAAAAAAAAUCCAGACUGAUAGUCCAGUUUUCAGAGGUCUUAUUGGUCACAGAUGAACUAUAAUCACAACUGCAGAAGUAGCUUUUGCCUACAUGUUGUCCAGCUAAUAAAGAGAUUCCAAAAAUGUAAAUGUUGGGUAACAAGCACUGACAGGUGAAUGAAGGAUGAAGAUGAGUAAUAAGAAUGACAGAGUUUAAGCAAGGAUGAGGGGGAAGAAUUUCUUAAAAUGGACACUAUAAACAGGGUAUGAACUCUUCUUCCACACAUUUGUUAUAUGAUUUUCAGCAGACCGAAUGGGCACAACCCUAGGUCUUGGUGUCCUGUUAGGAUUUAUUCUUAACACACUCUGGUUAUCAAUGUGAUAUUCGUGUUCUCUUAUAUAAGUUAUACUUAAGGAAAGCAAUGCUUAUGCUGCUUGUUUAAGGUAAACUCGUCUUUUUGGCGGAAAAAGCACGAAGAGUCGCUUGAAGAAAUAUUGAAGCAGUCAACGCAGGCAGGUGACAUUGUGUUGCAUUGAUAUGUUGAACAUCUUGAUAUUUUUACUUGAAGUAAAAUGUUGGAACGUCUGUUCCUAAAAUCAGACCUGACCACAUUU